AUGAGCGACACAGAAGAUAAACAAGCUGAAAUCGAAUCUAGACUUUUCGUAAGCCCAAUCGCCGAGCCCUUAGCCAGCGACAAGCUCUCAAAGAAACUCAUUAAACUCAUUAAGAAAAGUAUGAAAUCAAAGAGUGUAAAGAGAGGAGUCAAAGAGACCGUGAAAGCCAUUAAAAAGGACGGCAAAGGUGUUUGCAUCAUUGCUGCUGACAUCUCACCCAUCGAUGUUUUAUCUCAUCUACCUAUUCUUUGUGAAGAGAAGGGAGUCCCCUAUAUUUAUGUUAAAAGCAGAGCUGAGGUAGGAGAGGCCUGUAAAACUAAAAGACCAACUUCAUGCGUAUUUAUUCAAUCACCAAACAAAAAAGCUGAUGACUUCAAGAAAUUCAACAAAUGCGAGAAGCUCAUCAGAGAUAGAAACCCAUACAAAAGUAUGGAGCUUCACACUAACUUUGACACUUCAUUGUUGGAUGUCAACAGCAUUGACCCUUCUUAGAUCAUUUAGAUAAUAUGCGAUUUCUGUGGAGGGAUUCCAGUAAGCCCGGUAAAAUGCAGACUUUGUAGCAGAGUAUUUUGCAAUGAUUUCUUCGUAUCGCAUGUUAAUUAGACUCUUGAAUGUCCAAGCUGCAGAAAUGGAGGGGCUUCUGGCGGAGAACAUCUUUCUGAUCCAUUGAAUUCUCAACUAGAUGAUCUAGCUUUCUUUUAAAAGUAAGAUUUAGCUAGAAAUCUCUUAAUGAACAAGGACCUUACUCCAGAUGAGCAGUAGAUAUUCGAUAAUUUGAGAAUUAGGUGCCCUAAUAAUAAUGUGGGCUGUGGAAUGGUUCUCCCUCUCUCUUCUUAGAGUGAACAUUUUACUCAUUGUUUGUAGACAUGUAGACACUGCAAUCAACCUUACCUAUUAACUUUAGAGCAGCUACAUUAACAGUAAUGUCUACCCUACUUAGAAGAUUAGGCUAGAAUCAAGGAAUAGGAGCGUAGGCAGGAAAGAGUCAAUCUUGAUCUGCUUUCAAAACAAAAAGAAAAGGAGGCAAGUGUUAGAAUCCUUUAAAAUGAUCUCAUUGAACAGGAAAUGAAUUUAAUUCAUAGAAAGAAUAAACUUUACAAAACUAAGAUCGUGGCACUCAUGCUAUUUGUUAUUGCAGUCUUACAUAUGUUUAAUUAAAGAGAAGAGCAGUAGGGAUCGAGUAUUACCAUCAGGUCAUUUAAUUCAGUGAGUCAUUUGCUAAAUGAUAAUUUGUUCAGAAGCAUUUAAAGUGAAGGGGCUAAAAUCACUCGCUUAAUAAGAUAUGAAGAUGUAUUAAGAGAGAUGAGAGAUCAUCUCAUUGCUGACAAGAGUUACUCACUAUUUGACAUAAACAGAUUCAGGGAUCAACUAACUCCUAGCGAUUUCUUCUGUGAGUAUUUCACUCAACUUGUUUACUUCAUAAAGAACAUUUAGAAUUAAAGUUACAGCAAAGAUUUGGUUCUUUCUUGCUCAUAGCAGAAAAGGGCUGACGAGUCAAGAUCUGGCCUUGGUAAUGAAUGCCUGAAGAAAUAAUUAUCUAGAGAAGAAUAUAAUAAAUAAAUAGAGAGAAUUUAAUUGCUAAGCUAGAUUGCAUAAAAAGAUGAGGUGUCUUAUUCUGAUAGGAAAAAUGUACUAUUAGAAUUUUUCAAUGAGCUAGAGAGCGCUGUUGAUUAGUACAGAAGGAGUAGACAUGAGGAAGUAAUUAGAGCAAUUCAUAUAUUAAGAGAUGAACUUGGACUCAAGUGA